CAGCUGAUGUGAUUCAUCUUUCACAAACAACUAUUUGUGUUACUCAUCCUCGUAUCGUACAAAAUAUUUGUAGUUUUCUUUUGAUACAGCUCAAAAGGUCUGGAGCAAACAUGUUUUCAACAAAUCCGAACUACACCAAACUGAAAACUCACCUGAGGCUUUCGAUAAAUCGUCUCAAAUUGUUGGAAAAGAAGAAAACCGAACUGGCGCAGAAGGCUCGCAGGGAAAUUGCUGAAUAUAUCGCUGCGGGAAAGAGCGAACGGGCCAAGAUCCGUGUGGAACACAUUAUAAGAGAAGAUUACAUGGUAGAAGCGAUGGAGAUAGUAGAAAUGUAUUGUGACUUGAUCCUGGCCCGCUUCGGGCUGGUGACACAGAUGAAGGAACUAGAUGAGGGGCUAGCCGAGGCCAUUUCCAGCCUCAUUUGGGUUGCACCGCGGAUGCACACUGAUGUCCAGGAACUUAAAAUUAUAUCUGACUUGCUGACAGCCAAGUAUGGCAAAAUAUAUGCAGAUGCAUGCAGAAAUGAAAGUGUAAACACAAUCAGUGAGAAGCUGAAACACAAGCUGUCAGUUCAGAGCCCUCCCAAGAUACUGGUGGAGCGGUACCUUAUAGAGAUAGCUAAGAAUUACAAUGUGGAGUACACUCCGGAUGAGCAAGUGAUGAGGGAAGAGGAAGGGCGAGACGCGAUGCUGAUCGACAUCAACGGCCCGCCCAUGCCGCCAGGGUUCAUUGGCUUCCCGCAGCCGCCGGCGCUGCCGCAGAUGCCUAACCUACCCCCGCCUACUGUCACACCUUUUAGUUAUCCUUCUGGUCCGUCUGGCGGCAAAGCGGGUGGGUUCAUCGCGUCGCCGCCCGGCCCGAGCCACCCGCCCAUGGGCUACAAUCUGCCCCCCGGCGUUGAAUCGAAGGACCUUAGCAACAGCUUCCUACAGGAAGAGAUGCACAACCUACCUCCUGCUUACGACAGCAUUAAUCAUGAUUUGCCCAGCCACGUGCCCUCCCCGCGGCCGCCCACGGCGCCGACGCCGCAGCCGCGCGCGCGCCUGCCCCCCUCCAGCGGCUACCCCGAGCUGCCCGAGCUGCCGUCCGUGCCCUCCGACACCCUCCCCGCGCCGCCCGCCGACCACCCCGCCGGGAAUGAAUCGGGCGGCCCCGAUGAGAUCGACUUUGACGACCUGAACAGGCGCUUUGAGGAGUUGAAGAAGAAGAAGUAGUUUCCGGGAACGAGUUGACAUUGUUUAGUUAGGACCACGGUAUAAUAAUAUACUCCUGGUACUCUCUUCCGACCGCGUGACUGACACGAGCCUACGUCAUCAUGCGACAGCGCUAUAUAAUAGUAUGCGAUAGCGCUAUAAAAAUGGCAAUAUUAUUGUGACGUAGGCUUGUGUCACUCUGGGAAGAGAAGACCAUGUUUUAUUAGACUAUGGUUAGGACUGAAGAAAUUGAGAUUUAUCGCUUUAUAUCUAAACUAUUCACGUAGUUAAGCGAAAAGUCAUUGCGCUAAAGGGUCGUACACGUAAGUUCGGAUCGCGUCUCUUAUGUAAGUACAUAAGCUAAGGGCCGUUACAGACGGAUCCGAUCCAAUCCGACUGCAAGUUAUCAGUCUUGUGCUGUCGGCGUGCAGUUCCCAUACAAAUUGCUGUCGGAUUGCAGUACGUCUGUAUCGACCCUAAAAGCUGCUUAGGCUAUAAAGCCUAAUUUUCUUAUUAAAGCCUUAUACGGUUAAAGUACUUCUUCUGUACUAAUCUGAGUGAUAAAAUCAAUACUUCCAACUAUUGCCCACAAGAAUGACAACAGGAUAUGAUCCUUACAGCGAAUGUUAGCUGCUGGUUAUAUGCAUAUAGAACUCCCAAGCAAUGUUAACAAUAAUCUCAUUUGACUGUAACAGUUAUAAGCAAUAUAACUGUACGAUGUAAUUUGGAGGGGUAUUAUCAUAAUAUUAUAGCUUUGAUAAGCUUUUGUAUAUUAUAAUUUUAGUUUACAUUUAAAAUGACUACCGAAUUAUUGUCUUAAAUUGCACCUUUAUUCGGUACUUUUAAAAGUCAUACAAGGGCCGCGGGCACAUAUUGAUAAAAUACAAAUCAUGUCAUUUCUCUAAUAACGAAACGCCGCAUGGGCUAAAUCUAUGUCACAAACGGUUAACUCAUUCAUAAACAAAAUUUUAUAUUUUUCUAUAUCACCGAUUAUUAUGUUUAUGUAAUUUAUUGCCUCAUUCAUUCACAUCAAUCACAUUCCGAAUAAUGCAUCCGUCUUAAACACUUAAGAUCGGUUUUCCUAGGAUAGUGGACAUAGCGGUGCCGUCAUAUAGCGGCCGACUCCAUACUAAAUAAUACGGCUAAAU